ACUCUCCUCCUCCUCCUCCUCCUCCUCCAACAUCUUCUUCCCAUCAAAAUUGGAGACGAGAAAGCCAGGGAUUAGGGUUUGCAAGCCUCUCGCUGAAACCACCAGGAACGAAGCUGCAAUGGCGCUGAGGCAGUUCUACAACGAGAUCAGGGGGAUGAAGGUGAAGGAGAUCCCCAACUACGUGAAGCCCAAGCUGUCGAUCGACUACGUGAAGAAGUCCGUCCAGAGGGGCCUCGACAGCUACCACGCCAAGUACAUCGAGACCGACUCCAUCGAUCCCGUCUACCACGUCUGCUUCGGCGGCAUGGCCCUCUCCUACCUCGUCGCCCUCCCCAACGAGCGCCGCCACCUCGAGCACAAGCAGCACGCCAAGGAGCACGGCGGUCACUGAUCGAUCCAUCCGUCGGGGAAGGGGUCAAGAUGGUUGCUAUGUGUUGAUUCUCUCUAUCCUCGAAUUUCUGAUUAUCAUCGGGAAGACAUGAACUGUCUAGCACACCAAUUGGUGCAUCCAAAUAAUGUGAACUUUGUGUCAUUUUGUGUAAGUUUUUACAUUGCGGAUGUUACUUUCAUAAGUUUUCCUAUAAUGGUGAAUGGAAACACAUGUUGAAAUUGAGGUGAA